AUGGCUGACACGACUGCAACGUUCGACUUCUCUACGUGGCCACCAGCUCUUUCGAAAGCCCAGCUUGAUGCCAUCACAUUGUAUGCAACGACUUAUGCGCUAUCUCAUGGAGUUCUUUAUCUCCCACCCGCUAAGCACCAACCAACCGUUCCAACUGCGGCAAUCCAUGCGCCUAUUUCAUUGUUUCCCUCUCCUGUUCCCCGUCGUCUAUUCGAAUAUGCCCGAAAAAUACAACGGACGUACAAUCUUCUCUAUGCUAGAAUCGCCAUGGAUGAAGAAUUUCUUGAUCGAGUCAUGGGCGCGGAUGAAGGAGUCGGGAAAGUUGAUGACUUCAUUGGACAGCUCUGGAAAGGAUGGAAGCAGCUGAGGGAUGCCGGGCUUGCUCAACCUCUCCAUCUCGGGCUGUUCCGUUCAGAUUAUCUCCUACAUUACGCCCUCAAGGACUCGUUAUCCAUCAAGCAAGUCGAGUUCAACACGAUAUCGGUCUCCUUUGGUUCUUUGUCUCAAAGGACUGCUGAACUGCAUCGGUAUCUCCUCGCGGCCACUCGAUACUAUGACGCCUCUCCGUAUUUUAAACUCGAUAACUUUCCCUCCAACGACACAAUUGCGGGGUUGGCAAGUGGUCUUGCGCAAGCCCACGAGGCAUACAGCGUAGAUGAUUCCCAGAUACUUUUUGUCGUUCAGCCAGGAGAGCGCAAUGUUUUCGACCAAAGGCCAUUGGAAUAUGAGCUUCUGGAAAAGUAUUCAAUCCGAAUUAUACGUCAAACUUUCGACGAAUUGGCUCUAUCUGCAUCCGUGGACCCUGUAACAUCUGUUCUCCGCAUUUCCUGCUCUCCAGAUUUGCAACCUUCGGGUGUCAUAGAAAUUUCAACUGUUUACUACCGUUCCGGUUACAUGCCACAUGAAUACCCGACCGCGUCUCAUUAUGCCACUCGCUUUCACCUAGAGCGAUCCAAAGCGAUCAAGUGUCCAACAGUUGCUCUUCAGCUCGCAGGCGGAAAGAAAGUGCAAGAAGUUUUGACUCAGCCGGGUGUACUCGAAUAUUUCCUUGCUAACGAAGAAAAAUACGGGAGGGAUACUCUGCCUGCGGAGGAGAUUAAUAAUGUGCGGAAGAGCUUCAUGGGCAUGUGGGGUUUGGACGUUGGGGAGGACCUGCAGAAUCCAGAUCACGAUGCCAUGAAAGCUGGUCGUGAAGAGUAUGGAGUGCGUAAGGCUCGAGAAGCAGCCUCGUCUUUGGUCCUCAAACCGCAACGCGAAGGAGGAGGAAAUAACAUUUACAAGGAAGACAUCCCACCGUUUCUGGAUAUUCUACCACCACAAGAGCGAUCGGCGUGGAUAGCGAUGGAAUUGAUUCACCCGCCAGAAAACUUUGGGAACUACCUCAUCCGAGCAGGCACCACUGACCUGGAAAGUCGGACGCCGGUGAAAGCUGAGGUGGUCAGUGAGCUGGGCAUCUUCGGUUGGGCAUUGUUCGGCGGACCCGACAAACAAGUCGUAGAACGAGAGGUUGGGUGGCUCGUCCGAACUAAAGGAAAGGAGAGCAACGAAGGGGGCGUAGCAACCGGCUUCUCUGUAUUGGACUCUCUAUUACUUGUGGAUUAG